AUGGAAUCUAUCAAUGGCCGAUGGCCAGAGGCCAGGACACCAGUACACGGGUACUACUACUCCAUGCUGGAAAUUGCCAUUGUCAAGGUAUGCGUGGACCACGGCAUCUUCGAGACAAUUCCCGAAACCGGCGAUAUAUCUAUUUCUGAGCUCGCAGAGAAAACGGGUGCCGAGUCCAACCUCAUAGAGCGCUUUUCCAAAUUUCUCAUCGCUGCUGGCGUCCUCGCAUCACCACUCCCAGGGCGUGUUGCCCACACAGAAGCAUCCGCACGCAUGGCCGACGGCAGAAUGAAGCUUCUAUAUCGCCAUGUGUUCGACUUUUUCAUGGUCCCCGCCGCGCAGUGGCCUGAAUACUUUGCCGAGCACGGCCUCAAAGAGCCCAUGGCUGCGAAUCGUGUGCCAUUUGGCUUUGCAUCCGGCCAGCCAGGGAAAACGCUCUACGAGGUGCUUGAGACUAGGCCAAAGCGCAAUGAGGAGUUCAAUCGCGCCAUGGCGGCCGUGGUCGAGACGAUGCCUAUCACGGGAAUGUACGAUUUUGCUUGGGUUGGCGAUUAUGCUAAGACCAAUCCGACAGCCGAAAGGAUCAUCUUCGUCGAUGUCGGUGGUGGCAAGGGUCAAGCGUUGAAAGCCAUCCUCCAAGAGAAUCCGAACAUUCCUGCGGCGCGCUGCGUCCUCCUGGAUCAGAACGAAGUGAUCCAGCAGGCUAUCCAAGAAGAUGACGAAGCAUUCAGACCAGUCAAGAAGAUUGGAGGGAGCUUCUUUGAUCCGCAACCCGUAAAGUGUGCACUAGUAUACCACAUCCGCCGUGUGUUAAACGACUGGCCAGACGACGACUGUGUCAGGAUCUUGAGCCGCAUACGGGAAGCUUGUGCCAGCGACUCGCGGGUCCUCGUCUCUGAGCAGCUCAUCCCCGAGGUGCCAUCGCUGGACCUCGCCGCCUUUGAUAUAUGGAUGAUGAACUUUGGCGGUAAGCGCCGCAAUGCCCGGCUAUUUACCGACAUUGCUACCAAAGCCGGUCUGAGGAUCAAUUCGGUUACUAGAGAUGAGAUUUCUGGUGGUGGUAUUAUUGAGAUGGUGCCUGUGCUGUAA